GUGAGUUGUGAGAAACGCCAGAAUGGCCGAAGUGAACAACAGUUCAGAGUUAAAUAAGACUGUCUCCAAGCAAAAAGGCGCAUGCCGCAGAAACGGCAAGUUUUCGUUGGACGCAAACAAUGCUCUGCGAAAGCGACAGUCCUUCAAAUUUUUUAGAAACGACAGAGAUAUCUACGUGAACAACAAAACGCCUUUCAAGGGACAACUGUACAAAUGCGAGAAACUGUUCGACAAAGGUGCAUCUGAGCUGGUCAUCCAUGGUCUUGGUGCUGCUGUAUACAAAGCAGCUAGAUUGGCUCUACGGUUGAAAGAAAUUCAUUAUGAUACUUUAGAUUUUGAUAUUAAAACCUCUACUGUCGCUCUAGCAGAUGAACUAGUGGCAUUAACCGAUGAUGUGGAUGAUGAGAUAAACAAGAGGCAAAACUCUGCUAUACAUAUACACGUCGUUAGGAGAGUGCCAGUGGCUAUACUGAGAUCCAAAUAGCAGCAAAUUGAUAUUGAGAUUCUGCAAAAC